GCUUGUAAAACAACACGGGAACGGGAAUCCUGUAUGUCAACACCACCUACCGGUCAGAGGCAGUGUACACAUGUUCAAAGGGACAUAACCCUGUAGGAGGACAAGCGAUAAAGGUGUGCUCAGAGAACGCUUCUUGGACAGGAUUGGACCUUGUUUGUGAAACUGUAAGUUGCGGGCCCCCUAUUGACGUGGAGAACACUGAGUGGUCGGCCCAGCUCCACAUCUACCAAUCAGAAGCCGCAUACAGCUGCGUGGUUGGGUAUGAAAAGACGGGAGGGCAUGGCAUCAAGGUUUGCAACGAGACCGGUGCUUGGGAUGGGAGCGACCUACAAUGUGAAGUCAGACAUUGUGGCGCUCCGCCAUUGGUAGCCGAUGCUGACGUCACGUACACCAACGACACCUAUCUCUCUGAAGCCACAUACAUGUGCAAAACAGGCUACAACCACACCGGAGGUGACGUCAUCAGGUCAUGUGACCACACCAGCAACUGGCAAGGGUUGGAUAUCGUGUGUACAGCUGUCGCUUGCAGCACGCCACCGAGCGUACCCAACACUGACAGGAUGUACACUAGCACCAUCUACCGGUCAACUGUCGAGUAUAGCUGUAUCAAGGGAUAUAACUCUUCCAUGUCCAACUGGACCAUCACAUGCAAUGAGUCAGCAGAAUGGGUGGGCGCCCUACCGACGUGCUUCAUUAUCGAUUGUAACAGUCCACCGGACGUAGUCAUGGCUGACGUCACAGUGAGGGGAACCACCUACCAAUCAGAAGCGACCUAUACGUGUCACCAUGGAUACAACUUAGUCGGCACGAGCAGCAAGAAGACAUGCGCAGACACUGGUCGCUGGGAGAGCGCCGACUUCAGCUGUGAGAUUGUGGACUGCGGGCCUCCGCCGGAAGUUAACAAAGCGACGUAUACCAGUACCGGAAGCUUGUUUGAGGCCAACGCCAGUUACUCUUGCAUUGUGGGAUACAAGGUAGACGGUGGGAGUGCGAGCAAAAUGUGCACGGAGUUCGGCAAAUGGAGCGGUGUGGAUCUCAACUGUACAAUCGUGACUUGUCCCCCGGCGCCUGAACUAAGCCACGCCCACCUGGCCGGCAACAACACUCGAACCUACCAAUCAACAGCCAGGUAUUCCUGUGACCUUGGUUACGAUGAAGAUGGCGGCAACAACACCCUUGUCUGCACUGAGGAAGGAGUAUGGCAUGGGAUAAGGUUAAAGUGCAAAGAGAAGCCAUCGCCUGCUGAAAUCAUCGGGGUCAUCAAGAAAUUUGAACCGGUAGCUGUGGAGGCUUCCGGGUCAGUUGGAGUCGGCGUAGUAGCGUACGGCAUCAUGGGUGUGCUGUUGUUCGUGAUGUUGCUGCUGGAUCUCGCGACCUUCUACAAGCAUCUGAUGUACAUGAAGGAAAACGUGAAGGACUUCUGGGAGAGCAGGAGACCCGCCCCCUCCAUCUCACUCCCCGAGAAGCACAGGACCUACAGCUCAGAGGCUUGA